AUGGACAUUGAAAUCUUUAGCAGAAUUGGCAUGGCUGAUAUCGCAGUUGAUGCAACGACUUUUAGUUGGGCAGUGGACAGUGCCAUAUGGAGUGAGAGUACGUCAAAUAUGGGAGAAUCUCGUGUCCAUAGUUUUGCUUCGGUAGUGGACAGUGCCAUAAGGAGUAGCACUGAUACUGAAGCAGAUUUGGAAACGUCCCCCAUCCAUUAUUUUUCUUUUGCUUCUGCGGUGGACAAAAGGACUGCUGCUGCACGAUUAUCACAAGCAGCGUCGGAUGGGAGAGGACAUGUUGCUGCGCGAUUAUUCACCCUGUCUGAGCUUAAAGCAGCCACCAAUAAUUUCUCACUUCACAACAAGAUUUUUAGUGCUGGAAGCAUUAGUGUUGUGCAUAGAGGCAAACUCUUUGAUGGCCGUGAGGUGGCUAUCAAAAAGGCUGAAACCAGUUCUAAGGUGAAGGAUUUUCAAGAGGUAUUUGGCUAUUUAUCGAACCUUUUGCCCCGUCUAUGCCAUAAGCACUUGGUUGGACUAGUUGGGUUCUGUAAAGCUAAAGAUAAAAGGUUCUUGGUGUAUGAGUACAUGAAGAAUGGGGCGUUGUAUGAUCAUUUGCAUGACAAAAACAAUGUGGACAAGGGGAGCAGUGUGUUGAAUUAUUGGAGAAUGAGGAUCAAGAUUGCCUUGGAUGCUUCGCGGGGAAUAGAACAUCUUCAUAAUUAUGUAGUUCCAUCUAUUAUUCACAGAAAUAUAAAGUCUUCCACCAUUCUUCUUGAUUCUACUUGGACGGCAAGAGUAUCUGAUUUUGAAUCGUCGUGGUUCAUGAGUCCAGAACCUGACCAUGUUUACAUGGAUACAAGUUUGUUGACAGCAAAGAGUGAUGUGUAUGGGCUUGGAGUUGUACUGCUUGAACUUUUAACAGGAAAGAAAACUAUGUUCAAGUAUGGCAGGAAUAGAGACACCAGUAUGGUGAACAUUGCACGGCGUGUUAUUUUGGCUGGUAAAAUGGUGAAAAUUUUGGAUCCAAGGGUUGGACGACCACAUGUGAAUGAAGAAGCAGAGGCCCUGGAGUUAGUGGCCCAUACAGCGGUCAGUUGUGUAAAUUUGAAAAGGAAAGAUAGGCCAACAAUGGCUGAGGUAGUGGCCAAUUUGGAGAGGGCUUUAGCUAUUUGCGAUCUUGGCCCGUGA